UUUUUUUCAUUUUCAGAUUUGUGCAGUUUCUCCAUCUUUUCUUCUGAACUUUCUGUCAGAAUGUUUUUCUCUGGUGGACAGUGUGGCCAUGUUGGCAGACAUGAAGAACUUUUACUGACAUUCAAGGUAUUCCUUGUCAUCAUUUGUCUUCAUGUCAUUCUAGUUACAUCCCUGGAAGAGAAUGCUGAUAAUUCCAGUUUGUUAUCACCAUCUGCUGAAUCACCUCUUAUUCGUUUUGUCCCCUACUUCACUGAGGUUGAAACAACAAGCCUAAAUGAUGCUACUUCAAACGUAUUAUCUACUUUAAACAAAACAGAAAAAACUAAAAUCACUGUAGUAAAAACCUUCAAUGCAUCAGGAGUCAAACCCCAGAGAAAUUCCUGCAAUUUGUCAUCUGUUUGCAAUGACUCAGCAUUUUUUAGAGGGGAGAUAAUGUUUGAAUAUGAUGAAGAAAACAAUAUUACCCAGAAUCAAAAUAUGGCUAAUGGCACCUUAACUGGAGUCCUGUCUUUAAGUGAAUUGAAACGGUCAGAGCUCAACAAAACCCUGCAGACCCUAAGUGAGACAUAUUUUAUAGUGUGUUCCACAGUAGAAGCCCAAAGCACAUUAAAUUGUACAUUCACAAUAAAAAUGAAUAAGACAAUGAACAUAUGUGCUGUAAUGGUCACUUUGAAAAGAGUAAAGAUUCGGCCAAUGGAGCAGUGCUGCUGUGCUGUCAGGAUAGCUUGCCCUUCCUCCCUGGAAGAGUUAGAAAAACUGCAGUGUGAACUGCAGGAUCCCGUUGUGUGCCUUGCUGGCCAUCCACAUAGCCCACCCUUCUCUUCUUCCAGCAAUUCCAUUCCAAUUGCUCCUCGGGCCACUACUUUGCCCCAGGUCUCCAGUGCCUUCUCUUUUGCUGAGACUCUAGUUCAUCCACCUGUAAUCCAGAACCCUCCCUCUCCAAUAGGGGUGAUUCAUCUUCUUUCUCCUCAGCCUUCAGCUCCUACAGCUUCCAGCCCUUCCAUUGACAUGCCCCCCCAAUCUGAAAGUGUCUCUUCCCCUAUACCCCAAACUGAUCUUUCCCUCACCCUGCCACCUGUGAAAUCCUCACUUCCCUCCCCUACCACGUCUGCCCCUGUGAAUGUCAUCAUGACCGGCACACCUCCUGACAAGACAGAAAUUGUUCACACCAGCAGCAUCAGUGUUUCUGAUCUUGAGAACCAAGUGUCCCAGAUGGAGCAGGCUCUGUCCUUAGGAAGCUUGGAGCCUAACCUCGCAGGAGAAAUGAUAAACCAAGUCAGCCAACUCCUUUGCUCCCCUCCCACCCUGCUGGUUCCUCUAGCCCAAAGAUUGCUAAAAGUAGUCAAUGACAUUGGCUUACAGCUGAAUUUUUCAACCAAGGCCAUAAAUCUAACAUCCCCUUCUUUGGCUCUGGCUGUGAUCAGAGUAAAUGCCAGUAAUUUCGACACAACUACCUUUGCUGCCCAAGACCCUGCCAAUCUUCAGGUUUCUUUAGAAACUUGGGCUCCUGAGAAUAGUAUCGGCAUUAUUACUCUGCCUUCAUCACUGAUGAGUAAUUUAUCAGCUAAUCAUAUGGGGCUAGCUUCCAGGAUCCAGUUCAACUUUUUUGAAAUACCUACUCUGUUUCAGGACCCUGCUCUGGAGAACUUCGCUCUGAUCAGCUACGUCAUAUCAUCCAGUGUUGCAAACCUGACUAUCAAGAACUUGACAAGAAACGUGACGGUUACACUAAAGCACAUCGACCCAAACCAGGGUAACUUAACAGUGAGAUGUGUAUUUUGGGACUUGGGCAGAAAUGGUGGCCGAGGGGGUUGGUCAUCCGAUGGUUGCUCCGUCAAAGACAGGAGGCUGAAUGAAACCGUCUGUACCUGCAGCCACCUUACAAGCUUCGGCAUCUUACUGGACCUAUCUCAAACAUCCUUGCCACCUGCUCAGAUGAUGGCUCUGACAUUCAUUACAUAUAUUGGUUGUGGGCUUUCAUCAAUUUUUCUGUCAGUUACUCUUGUAACCUACAUAGCCUUUGAAAAGAUCCGGAGGGAUUACCCUUCCAAAAUUCUCAUCCAGUUGUGCGCAGCUCUGCUCCUGCUGAACCUGGUGUUCCUCUUGGACUCAUGGACUGCUCUUUAUGACAUGCGAAGCCUCUGCAUCUCAGUGGCUGUAUUUCUGCAUUAUUUUCUCUUAGUCUCAUUCACAUGGAUGGGCCUGGAAGCAUUCCAUAUGUACCUGGCCCUUGUCAAAGUGUUUAACACUUAUAUCCGAAAAUAUAUCCUUAAAUUCUGCAUUGUUGGUUGGGGGCUACCAGCUGUGGUUGUGACCAUUGUCCUGAUUAUGUGCUCAGAUAACUAUGGGCGUGGAUCCUAUGGGAAAUUCCCCAAUGGCUCACCUGAUGACUUUUGCUGGAUCAACAACAAUGCGGUAUUCUAUAUUACGGUUGUGGGAUAUUUCUGUGUGAUAUUUUUGCUGAACAUCAGCAUGUUCAUUGUGGUCCUGGUUCAGCUCUAUCGAAUUAAAAAGAAGAAACAACUGGGAGCCCAGAGAAAAACCAGUAUUCAAGACCUCCGCAGCGUUGCCGGCCUUACAUUUUUACUGGGAAUUACUUGGGGCUUUGCCUUGUUUGCCUGGGGACCAGUUAAUGUCACCUUCAUGUAUCUCUUUGCCAUUUUUAACACUUUACAAGGAUUUUUCAUAUUCAUCUUUUACUGUGUAGCGAAAGAAAAUGUCAGAAAACAGUGGAAGCGGUAUCUUUGUUGUGGAAAGUUACGGCUGGCUGAAAAUUCAGACUGGAGUAAAACUGCUACUAAUGGUUUAAAGAAGCAGACUGUAAACCAAGGAGUGUCCAGCUCUUCAAAUUCCUUACAGUCAAACAGUAACUCCACCCACUCCACCACGCUGCUAGUGAAUAAUGAUUGCUCAGGACUUGCGAGCGGGAAUGGGAAUGCUACUAUGGAGAAGAACGGUGUUUCUUUCAGUGUUCAGAACGGAGACGUGUGCCUUCAUGAUUUCACUGGAAAACAGCUCGUGUUUAAUGAGAAAGAAGAUUCCUGUAAUGGUAAAAGCCGUAUCGCUCUCAGAAGGACUUCAAAGCGGGGAAGCUUACACUUUAUUGAGCAAAUGUGAUUCCUUUUCUAAAAUCAAAGCAUGAUGCUUGACAGUGUGAAAAUGUCCUACUUUACCUUUUACACAAUGUGAGAUACAUGAAAAUCAACUAACUUUAUACUCAGCAACCUCUGGAGGAGCGUAAGUUAAUUGAGGGCAAUGGUUAUUGGAAGAAGAAACCAAGAGAUUAUACCAUGGUUUUUAGACAUUUACAAUUUGGUUUUUUAUCCUUUGUUUUAAAAGAAGACUGGAUUUAAACACUAAGAAUAAGACUCAUUUAAAAAAAAAUCAAAGUUGCUCAUCUCUAGCCACAUUUGAAAGGGGCUAAGUUGUAUUUUAAUAACAUCAUCUUGUAUUUUAAUAACAACACCCCUAAAGCAACAGUUGACUUCAGCCUGUUGAUGAGUUUAGUUGUGCAUGCCUUUAUUGUAAAUAAGCUGAAUUUAGUGACCCACACGUCAAAAAUCACUUAUACAUUUUUUUGUAUUUAUUUUCUACUGUGUAAAUUUUUCUGUGGAAUCAUGGUUGUGUCGUUGUGUCUAAUGUGAUAAUUCAGAAAAUCCUUGCAGGUUCAGUGAAUUCUAAAGCUCCUUUUGAAGAUUAUAUGGGAUGUGAAAUACAGAAACUUCACUGAAAUCAAGAAAUAAUGAUGCCAGCCAGGCUGGAAAAAUAUAAGCAGACGGUGCCACAGUUAGCUCAUACAGUGCCUCUGAGUGAGUUAGAAAAAGGUGCCCCCACUGGGCCGACCCAGGCCCAUGGGCUCAUGGUUUGGCAAAUAGAGUGGAGGCCAUAUUUAGCUCCACUCACUCUCUUGGGUGCACCCUUGUACAACCUGUACGACCUGUACAACACAGCAUCCACUGCUAAUACCUAUCUCUUGUCCUCAUCCCCAAUCAUCAGAUUAUGGAAUCUGCACCAAGAUGUUUAGCUUAUUUAAUACCUUAGCCACAGGGAAGGAUGGAACUGCAAUCUAGACUGUAUGUCAGGAAAAUUGUGACUGUGGAAGAGAUACAUACACUGCCACUUCUCAAAUCCCUACAGCCUUUCAGAAAGGAGAAUAGAGUAGGACUACUUUUUUAAAACAGAUGUAUAUAAAGGAAAAAAUCGUAUUGCUGUCUUUAAAAGGCAGCUGCAUGGUACUCUGUUGAUUGUUACGACUGGUACACUCUCGCCUAGGCAGAGCUAUAAUUAUUUUUUAAAAGGUGUCAAGUCUUGAAGAGUAUAUAGUGACAAGGGGGAGCAGCUAUUGGGAACAGUGAAAUAUCCUGCAAUGCUGUUGUUUCCAUAUGUGUCAAAGCCUGAUUGCUCCUAGUUAUAGAGGGUCUGUCUUGCCUCUCACCUACAGCUGCUUAAGCGGCAUCUCUUAUAUGUCCUCAUUAGGAGCAUUUCAGAACCCUUCAGUUAGGUCUUUCACUGAGGUUGGUUCCCUUGCAUAUAUUUCAAGUGAAUGUUGUAUGCCAGACUAACCAUAGUAAUACUGUAAUCCACUUCUGUGCAUGCUGAUUUGCCUUUGUAAUACCUCUGCUCUGAUUUAUUUAAAUGUCUUGUGUUUAUAUGUUAAAAUUGACAAAAAUGUUACAAUCACCAAAAUAAAUUUGCAGUUAA